UAUUCUUUACUAGGCACGACCUCCACGUGGGGCGUUUUCGACUGGGGUCUCAAUUUCGACUGGGGCACCUCAUCGGAGCGCGAAAACAGACGUCGCGGACACGAUGCAGUCGCGCCCAUUCGGACGCCAGCCAUGGCAGGUGGCCUUUUCACAAUUAGACGCGACUACUUCUAUGAGCUAGGCUCCUAUGAUGAAGGUAUGGUAGUUUGGGGUGGUGAGAAUGUGGAGAUGUCCUUGCGUGUUUGGCAGUGUCACGGUGAGUUGCUGAUCAUCCCCUGCAGCCGUGUGGGCCACGUCUUCCGCAAGGUUUCCCCCUACUCCUGGCCCGGCGGUACCACCAGUGUCCUGCAUAAUAACCAUCUACGUACAGCUCGCGUCUGGCUCGAUGAAUUCCUAAAGUACUCCCUGACCUUUCUACCAGGUGAGUCUGGUAGACUUUUCUACGUCCCAGUGGGCAUGUUUUAUGUCCUCUAA